AUGUCAACGAAUACUAGAAGUAGAACUAUCAAUGAGACUCGAGAUAGACUCAACCAUAUGAAAGAGCUCGAAUGCUCUGCUUACAAACGGCCCUUACGUGUCAUAGAACCUUUCAAUGGACAAUGGAGAAAGUUGAUCAUCGAAUGGAUGUUCAGCAUUACUCACUAUUGUGGCCUUAGACAUGGCGCGGUGGCGGCCGCCGUCUACUACUUGGAUGCCUCGGUCGAAAAAGGUUUGAUCAAAAGUCGACAAGACUAUCAAGUAGCGGCCAUGACGGCCUUCCAUCUAGGUCUGAAAGUGUACGAUUCACCUUCCAUUCGCAUGAUACGUUUGGAGAGUCUUGUUAAGCUGGGAAGCGGCGGGUUUGGUGAAAAAGAAGUGCUGGAAAUGGAAGGGAAAAUGUUGUUUGCCUUGGAAUGGCGAAUGAACCCACCGACGGCAUCUUGCUUUCUCUCCCAAUACUUGGACCUGCUACCUACUCACAAUAUGCAGCCACACGUUCGAACAAAGAUUGAACUCACGGCUCUGCGCCUAAUUGAAAGAACCAUGUCGACUGAUUACUUUUCGCUCAUGGAAUCAUCAUUACUUGCUCAUGCUGCACUAUUACUUGCUCUGGACACGAUGCCUCCCAACAAAUUGGAUGUGGAGCUCGUGGGAAACUUUUUUAUCGAUUUGGCGCAAGUCACAUAUGUGGAACGGGACAGUCAUUCGCUGUGUCGGUCUAUUCUACUACUGGAUUGUAUUGCUAAUGGGCAACCCGUUCCAUGGCACGAAUUGGAUGAUUGCACUGGAAAGAAGGCAGGACAAACUAAGAGCUGGGAGCAAGCCUAUGCUGGACCACAACAUUCACCACGUGGAUAUGACUUGCAAUAG